CUUUAUGUCGCGGUGAGCGCAAGGGAUGCAACAGCCAACAGAACAGAGAGAGUAAAUGGCAUUGUCGUAAAUAACCCAAACUGAGAACAGAAGACAACAACCCAACACCUCUUUCCUUUUGUUACUUUCGUUUGUUUUUGUUUUUCCCAUUUGUAUCCGUUGAAACUCCACUCCCACUCACUCUUCUCAACGCCAGGCUCUUUUCAAUGCCUAUAACUCUUCCUACUUUCACCACCCACCAAACCCAAACACUCUUAAACGCUUAAACAACAACAAUGGCGACGGCAGCUUCAAGCGUGAGUGUGAAGCUUCUUCUGUUAGUGGCGAUUUUAGUGGUGUUCGUUGUGGUGACGGUGCUUCUGGUCUUCUUCCUCUGCCUCCGCGGCAGCCGGAGCUGCAAGAGCCGGAAGUUGGCCGCGAAACACAGCUCCGGCAGCAUCCCUCUGGUCUCGAAGGAGAUCACGGUGGUUAAGGCGUUGGAUCUCACGCCCAGCGAGGUGGCGGAUGACGUGGAGGCUCAUCCCAAAAAGGAGGCGGAGAUCAAGCUCCAAAUUGGUGGGGCCCACCGCGCCGAGAUGUCGGUGGAGGAUCCCGAUAUUGGCUGGGGCCGCUGGUACACCAUAAGGGAAGUGGAACUCGCCACGCGUGGGUUUUCCGAAGGGAAUGUUAUUGGAGAAGGAGGGUAUGGGGUUGUGUACAGAGGACUUCUACAUGAUGGUUCCCUCGUGGCUGUCAAGAAUCUUCUCAACAACAAGGGUCAAGCUGAGAAGGAGUUUAAGGUGGAGGUUGAAGCCAUUGGAAAAGUAAGGCAUAAGAAUUUAGUUCGUUUGGUAGGAUAUUGUGCAGAAGGUGCACGAAGGAUGCUUGUUUAUGAGUAUGUUGACAAUGGAAACUUGGAGCAGUGGCUGCAUGGUGACGUAGGACCAAUUAGCCCCUUGACAUGGGAUAUUCGAAUGAGAAUUGCUAUUGGGACCGCAAAAGGGCUAGCCUAUUUACAUGAAGGCUUAGAACCCAAAGUUGUGCACCGGGAUAUAAAAUCCAGUAACAUUCUAUUAGAUAAAAACUGGAACGCCAAAGUAUCAGAUUUUGGACUUGCGAAGCUCUUAGGAUCUGAGAAAACCCACGUGACUACACGUGUAAUGGGAACAUUCGGAUAUGUUGCACCUGAGUAUGCAAGCUCAGGUAUGCUUAAUGAGCGCAGUGAUGUGUAUAGCUUUGGAGUUCUUCUCAUGGAGAUAAUCACAGGAAGAAGCCCCAUUGAUUAUUCAAAACCACCUGGGGAGAUGAAUUUGGUUGAUUGGUUCAAGGCAAUGGUAGCAAGUCGUCGCAGUGAGGAGCUAGUUGAUCCUUUAAUUGAGAUUCCUCCCUCUCCAAGAUCUUUGAAGCGAGUUUUACUCAUUUGUCUGCGAUGUAUAGACUUGGAUGUAGUUAAACGACCAAAGAUGGGCCAAAUUGUUCAUAUGCUUGAGACAGAUGAUUUUCCCUUUCGUUCUGAGCUACGUACGGUUAGAGACAAAGAUCCUUUGCCUUCUCAUGCAGAUGUUUCCAUUAAAGUUCCAUCGUAUCCACCAAAGCAUGCAGAAACCGUAGAAAAGUCGAGAUGGAGAUGAUUGAUUGUAAUAUUGGUCAUGCAACUUUGGCGAUAGAAUUAUUUGUAUUGCGAUUUUCAUUAUGUUAUGAGUCACUGUGCAUAUCUUAUACGGUGUAGUUCCUUCAGGUUUCGACACCAUUUUGUUGUAUUGCAUUAUCUUGGGAACUGAGGAGAGCAUGGCUUGUAAAUACGUACCUCACUGAUCACUAUUUGUCAAUUUUGUUUGUCUGCUUGUGGACACAUUCAAGGAAGUAAAGAACUUGGUGCAUGUUUGAAGAAUUAAUUAUUGUUCCAUA